GCCUCCGCUUGUCGCAUGUUUUGUCCAUCCGGUUUCGCGCGUGAUCCACAAACAGGCUGCUCCGUGUGCCGUUGUCGUGACCCGUGCGAUGGUCUGGAGUGUCCGCGUGGCCAAACCUGUCAGCUGCAGGAGGUGCAAUGCAAGUCUGAGCCCUGCCCACCGCUGCCCACCUGCAAGAAAGCGCGCUCUCUGGCCAACUACUGUCCGGCCGGAUUGCCCUUGGCCAUUGAGGACAGCGUCAGGCCUUUCCUGUGCGGCUUGGACGCGGGCAAGCCACAAUGCCCGCCACUCUAUCAGUGCCUGGUGGAGUCCGGAAAUGAUUACGGAGUCUGCUGUCCCAGUGCUUUGACCUUUCAGAAGCCCGGCGUCUGCCCGGCCCCAGAACAAUCGACUUAUACGGAACGCACGGGCUACAUGUGCGGCGCGCCCUGCAGCCACGAUCUGGAGUGCCGCAAUCUGGACAAAUGCUGUUUCACCAAGGGCUGCCAGUUCAACUGCCAGCAGCCGCAAAAUAUGACCGGCUGCCAUCAGGCCAAGGCGCUGGCCGAUGUGCUGGCGCUGAAUGAGCGCGAGGGCCGUGGCUACGUGCCCGACUGCAAUGGACCCGGCGGACAGUAUACGCCACGGCAGUGCUCGCGCAAUGGACUCGUCUGCUGGUGCGUGGAUCCUCGCACCGGGCACAAGAUCAAGGAGUCCAUGGGCGCUGCCAGCAGCGUCAACUGCGAUGGCUGGGAGAACAUGAUCAGUCGCUCCUAUGCGCGCAGCUUCCAAAUGGAGCAAUGCGAUACGAACAUCUGUGCCGCUGUCUGUGAAUACGGAUUCAAGAACGAUCACAAUGGCUGUCCCACCUGCGAGUGCUCGGAGCCCUGCGAGGGUUUCAAGUGCGCCUUGGGCUCCCAUUGCGAGGUCGCCACGGAUCCGCUGUGCGAGUCCGGCUCUUCACUGUGCGCCUCUUGGCCGGUUUGCAAGCCGGAUCUGGCCUACUCCAAUCCCUGCGACAUUGGCACCCCGCUCUCGGACACGGUCAGCGGCGAGGUCAUGUAUUGCUUCGAGGAGCGGCAGGCGCGCAACUUCCAGCCCACGGCUUUCUUCGAACCCGAACCGGAGUCCAAGCAGGGUCGUUCCAUGAGCAACCACAUCAUGUGCCCCGAGCAGUACAAGUGCACCAAACUGCAUCGCGAAGCGGAGAGCGUCUGCUGCCCACUGCCGGAACAGACAACGGCCACAGAGGCAUCCGAGGAGCAGUCCACGGCGAAACAGCAAACCAUGUGCGAAUAUCUGCGUGACUUCUCGGAGCGCAUGGAGGGCACCGAGGCGGGCAUGCAGCUGGCAAUGCCAGCACCGCGCUGCACGGACGAGGGCGACUAUGCGGGACGGCAGUGUGAGCUGCGCAAGAUACGCGUGACGCGUGCGGAGCAACGCCAGAUACUGGAGGAGAAUACAAUCAGGCGCAUGCGCAUGCUCUUGGCCAGCGCGAAGCGCAGUCGCCGCGACACGGAACGUCUGAAGCUGUAUCGCGUGGACGACAGCGCGCUGAAGGUGCAGGUGGCAGCAGGUGGAGCGCGAGCCGUGGUGCCUGUGCAGGCGAUGGGACGCAGCGCCAAGGUCAUCGACGUGGGCGCCGAGCAGCAGCAGCUUUUCGCAGCGGACUUCAAGAAGGUGGCGACGGCAGCGAAGCGAACCGCAACCGCCGACGAGGACCUGGUCGAGAUGGAGGUGGAGCAGUGCUGGUGCGUGGACAGCUUCGGCACCGAAAUACCCAAAUCGAGGGGCUACAAUGUGAGCGACGAGACCUGCCAGCAGCUGCGCGAGCAGCUCGACUGCCUCGACCUCACCUGCCGCAUGGGCUGCGAGUACGGCUUCGCCCUCGAUCCGCACACCCGUUGCCCGGCCUGCCAGUGCCGUGAUCCCUGCGAGAAUGUCGACUGCGGCGCGAGCAAAGAGUGCCGCAUCGUCGAUGUCAGCUGCGAGGGCGAAUACUGUCCACCCGUGCCGGCCUGCCUGCCCCGCAAGCCGGGUCAGUGUCCAUACUUGGUGCCCCCCGGGCCAACAGACAAUCUGGAUGCGAAUGUCUGCGGCUACGAGUGCCGCACGGACGCCCAUUGCGAGGGCACGCGACGCUGCUGCUCGAACGGCUGUGGCACGCAGUGCGUGGAGCCGCAGCUGAAGACCGCCUGCCAGCAUCUGCAAGCGAUACAGCUGCAUCAGAGCUCCGAGCUGGGCAUACCGGCGCGCCAGAUGAGCAUUGCCCAGUGCGAUCCGCAGACGGGCAAAUGGGAGCAGGUGCAAUGCACACCUGACGGCAGCUGCUGGUGCGUCACGGAGCAGGGCGAACAGCUGGCAGGCACACGAGUCAAGGCACCCGCCACGCCCGUCUGCAGAGCCAACUCCAGCUAUGCGUGCAGCCCCCUGAAGUGCGCCUCCAGCUGCGACAGUGGCUUCCAAAUGGAUGAGCAUGGCUGCCCGACCUGCAAGUGCCGCGACUAUUGCGCGGAGCUAAGCUGCGCCAGCGACGAGGAGUGCCAGCUGAUAAGCGUGGAGUGCGUGGACACGCCCUGCCCCAAGAUGCCAAUCUGUGUGCCCAGACGCGACUCGGUCUGUGCCGAGGGCAAGCCGCUGCAGCAGGGCGAGCAGGACAUCAGCUGUGGACCGCACAGCGAGCAGGAGAGCUGCCCCACCACGCACACCUGCCAGCUGAAUCCGGUGAGCAAUCGCGGCGUCUGCUGCUCCAAGACACGCGACGUCUGCUUCGAGUCAAUGGAUGCCCUGUGCCUGGCCAGCGCUCACAGCGGGCGCAACGUCACACGCUAUCGCUUCAGCCCCAAGGCCAACAAAUGUUUGGCCAUUCAAAUAGAUGCAGACGCGCCCACCUGCCAGACCAAGAAUCUGUUUCACAACGAGCUCGCUUGCCAUGCCGUCUGCCCAGUGCUCACGCCUUGCGAACGUCUCAAGUUAAAGAACAGCUUGGCUGCCCAGCGCACUGGUCACUCGUCCGUCUGGUUCCAGCCACGCUGUGAUCCCAUCACGGGCCACUGGAGUCCCGUGCAGUGCUUGGGCAAGCAGCCAGCACUGGCCACCAGCAGCACACAAAUGGUCAGUCGCGCCUUCGCCAGCAGCAGCAGCAGCGUGGGCUCGGAGCAGCUGGCUAGUCCAUAUGGCGUCUGCUGGUGUGCCGAUCGCAAGGGUGCUCCGCUGAAGGGCACGCUGACGCGCGACACCGAGCCCAUUUGCAACAGUCGGCAGGCGCGCGCACGCAAGCAGCUGGAGCUGGCUGAUCCGCUGAUGGAGCAGCUGAUCGCGCAGCUAACGCAGCUGAAUGACGUGAACAGCCUGGAUAUGGACUUGGAUGAGGUGGAGGCACGCUUGCAGCCCACUGAGCGCGCCUUGGAGCUGACCCACUCGCUGUUGGACUCGCAGCUGUCGGUGGACACGGCGCCCAUGCAGCUGAAUACGACGCGCUGCCGCGCCAUGGCCGCCACAGCCACGUUUCCCGUUAGCUGCGAUGCGGCCGGCGCCUUCGAGCCGCUGCAGUGCAGCGAGCGCAGCUGCUGGUGCGUCGAUGCCGCCGGCAACCAGCUGCCGGCCACGCACACCUUCCAGCUGGGCGACAGGCACUGCUCGCCUGUGCCCAUCGAAUCGGUGUCGAUCGAGCUGCACAUGACCAACAGCUCGGAGCACGGCAGCGGCAGCGUACGCAAUGUCUAUGAUGCCAUACGGCGUGAGCUGCAGCAGCUGCUCGGCUCGGCCGUGGAGAAUCUGCGCGUGCAGGAGAACUUCGAUGGGUCGGUGAUUGUGCGCUUCGAGCUGCACAACGAGUCGAAGGUGGACAUGGCCUAUGCCAUCGAGACGGCCAUACAAUCGGGCGGCUUCCAGCUGCUGGGCAAUCGCUUCCAGCCCGAUUUGACGCGCUCCCAUUUCAUACAUCGCACCGCUGUGCCCGCCGUGGCUCAAGCGGCCACCGCCGCCACCGACGAAUCCGUGCAGUUGGCCAUGUUCGUCAUGGCCAGCUGCUCGGCCUUCCUCGUCAGCGUCUUCGUCGUCUACGUGAUGCUCAAGCGCGGCUGGCACAAGACUGGCGCCAUGCACAAGAGCGCCUACGAUUACUCAGUGGGCGUGGCUGGUGGCUGUGAGAAGCCAUUGGACUACUCGCUGCCCAUCUUCGUGCUGGACGACACGCUGCCAGAGAGCAUGAAACCGGCGAAGGCGUAG